AUGUCAAACGGACGCGGCCUGUCGGAGUCGGAGUUUCGGGCGUCCACAUCCGAGCUCGCUGUGCCAACGAUCGAGAUCAGCUUCGACACACCGAACCGCGAUCGCUUUCUGCGGGACGAUUUUCACAACAAGCGCGGCUCGUACUCGAUUCUGGGCCGCGGCAGCUACGGUGUGGUGAUCCGUGCCUCGUACCGCGGCCGUCCCGUGGCCGUCAAGAUCCUGGAGAAGCGGCUUCACCGGCAGCACCGGCAGCGCUACGAUUCGCUGCUGAACGAAGCAAACGCACUGCGGCUCCGGCACGAAAACAUCGUCACAGUGCUGAAGGUGGUGUCCGGGACCCAGUACGGGCUGGUGUUGAUGGAACGUUUCGAUGGUCACUGCCUGCAACACAUUCUGCUCCGAGCCAACCACCGAUCGAUCGGGAUUCAACACAAACUGCUGAUUCUGUGUGACAUUAUCAACGGAUUGAAUUUCUGCCAUCGGCAUCAGCUGGUGCACCUGGACGUGAAGCCCCAGAACGUGAUCGUCACGCUCAGUGGUGCCGGGCCCGGUGCGACCCCGGACCACGACGCGACUCCGGGUGCGUGCUUGCGACUGCGGAAGUAUCUGUGCAAACUGUGCGAUUUUGGUUCCUCGGUCGCGCUGACCUCGUGGCAGCGAGGCGUGCCCCUGGUCAACCGGGGCACGAUCCGCUACAUGGCCCCGGAGUUGCUCCGCUCGGUGGUGCUCGGCGGUGGCGUCACGCCUCGGGCCGACAUUUACUCGUUUGGAGUCACGAUGUGGCAGCUGAACGAAGAGCGCCCGCUGCCGUACGAGGAGUUUGGGUCCAACGAGGUCGUGGCGUACCACGUCGUCAAGAAAGGACUGCGUCCGGAUAGCGCCAGCACGGCCCUGGGGUCGUCGGGGCCACGGUUCCGGGCGAUGCUGACGAAGAAUCGCUGCCUGCACGGUAGCUUGCUGCUGCCGGUGGUGUCUCUCGCCUCCGCGCGCCCGGUCAACGUGUUCGAAUCGGACGCCGUGGACGAUGUGCUCAAACGCCAGGGCAUUGCGGUGGAACGGAACGGGCACAUUAGGGCGGUGCGGAAGAUAUCGCUCGGGGCGAUCGGGGGCGCCGCGAUCGGUGGAUGCUCCGGAUCCGGCGAUGAUGAGGCUGGCGGCGGGAGCAAAGACGAACUGACCGCCAAGCGGAUCGAUUCCAUAUUUUGUGAUCAUUUCGCCAUUCCCGGGCACGAGCGGGCUCAAAUCGGGCAGGCGGUGCGCGCCCUCUACAGCAAGUGCUGGCUUACCGAGCCGUCCGGCCGACCGGAUGCGGCCACCGUUCGGGCCACCAUUCACCAGCUGCUGGGACGAAUCGCGCAGUGCAGGGCAGCCGAUUGA